CACACUCUUGUUUCGUCUGACGACACCGCCACACAAGAGUGGUUCUCUCGGGACUCGGAAUCACCUUUUCUAGCCCUUUUAAACAUUUAAUAAACGAGUUAAAGUAUCAAGAACUAUAAUCAUAUUUGCCUCAGAUUCAUUGAGGCAAGUCGCGAUCCGUGUUCGAUAGCGUAGUAACAAUUUCGCGUGAUCCCGAUUUGUUGUGCGAUCUUCAAAAGGUUCCUGCCAGGAUGCUGUUUCCGUUGGUGAUUGGUGUGAUUUCGUUCCUACGAUUGGGGCAGACCGUUGCAGCAAGUGGGAAUAGUUCCUGUGAUUGUGUAUGCGGCAUCAAUGGUCGAUCGAAUCGAAUCGUCGGUGGGGUGGAAUCCGAGGCCCACGAGUAUCCCUGGCUAGCUGGACUGUUCCGUCAGGGUAAACUCUAUUGCGGCGCUUCCGUCGUAACCAAAAACUAUCUCAUCACGGCAGCUCACUGUGUGAACUCCUUUGAACCGAGUGAAAUCAGGGUAUAUCUCGGAGGACACAACAUAGCCAAGGACUACACGGAGUUGCGACGAAUCAAACGGAUCGUCGAUCACGAGGAUUUCGAUAUUUUCACCUUCAACAACGACAUCGCUCUGCUGGAGCUGGACAAACCACUGAGAUAUGGACCAACAAUCCAGCCAGCCUGUUUACCCGACGGAAACACUCUCGAUUUCGCCGGAUCCCUAGCGAUCGUAGCCGGUUGGGGCCGGGUGGAGGAACAGCGGCCGCCCUCGAAGACGCUGCGAUCGGUUGUGGUGCCCAUUUGGACCCAGCAGCAGUGCCUGGAGUCGGGCUACGGAAACAAAAAGAUCACCGACAACAUGAUGUGUGCCGGGUUCCACGAUGGCAAGAAGGAUGCCUGCCAGGGUGACAGUGGUGGUCCGAUGCACAAGAUGGGUAGCGCCGGAAGCAUGGAGGUGAUUGGAGUGGUGUCCUGGGGACGUGGCUGUGCCAGACCCAAUCUGCCGGGGAUUUACACCAGAAUUGUUAACUAUUUGCCAUGGAUUAUGCAGAAACUGGAGGGUGAAUGUGUUUGUGUACCACGGGAUGUUGCUGCAAGGAAUAACUAGGGUGUCCGGAAGUUUUCCACGAUCUCAUUUGCAUUGAAUUGACCUAUCCAACAGCUGUUAUCUAUUUAUUGUUUCUAGUCAACAAAUUUAACUUAAGAGUACCAUUUCCUAAAAGUGUCUAGUUGUAAUGCCAAAUAUUUUUUAAAUAUA